UUUCUAUCACACAGUAAGUAUAAAAAAUUCGUAGAAACUCCACUAGGGGUGCAAGUGUAUCUUUCACCCACAUACAGUCAAUUGCAGCUGGUAACAAGUUGGUGAAUAAAAUAAAAAAAUAAUAAAUUAAAAUCAAUAUUAUUAUCAGUGAUUGAUCAUGAAAUCAGUGAAGCUGUCAUCAGGAUAUGACAUGCCAACAGUUGGCCUUGGUACAUGGCAGGCAAAACCAGAAGAAAUUGAAGCAGCAGUUGAAAGUGCCUUAGAAAGUGGAUAUCGACAUAUUGAUACAGCCUUUAAUUAUAAUAAUGAAGAAGCUAUUGGUAAAAGUUUAAAAAAAUGGUUAAAUAAUGGUGGUAAACGUGAAGAAUUAUUUAUAACAACAAAGCUUCCUAAUUAUGGUAAUCGUGCAUCAGAUGUUGAAAAAUAUAUAAAUUCAUCACUUGAAAAACUUGGUCUUGAUUAUAUUGAUAUGUAUUUAAUUCACAUGCCAUUUGCUUUUGUCAGUGAUGAAUCUUGUUGUGCACCAUCUGUUCAUGAAGAUGGAAGUUAUCAAUUAGACUUGAAUACUGAUCCUGUAUCUGUCUGGAAGGAAAUGGAAAAACAAGUCAAAAAUGGACGAGCAAGAUCAAUUGGAUUGAGUAAUUUUAAUGAAGAUCAAAUACUAGAAGUUUGGAAAAAUGCAACAAUAAAACCAAGCAAUCUUCAGGUUGAACUUCAUGCCUAUCUUCAACAAAAAGAUUUACGUGAAUUUUGUAAAAUUCACAGUAUAAUUGUAACUGGUUACAGUCCACUUGGUUCACCAGGUGCUAAAACUCAUUUUCAAACAAAAUAUAAUUAUAAUCCAGAAAAAUUUCCUGAUUUACUUGGACAUCCAGUUGUUAGAAAAAUAUCAAAUGAUAAAAAUAAAACAACUGGACAAAUUUUACUACGACAUUUAGUACAAGAAGGUCUUGUUGUCAUUCCAAAAAGUUCAUCACCAGAACGUAUUAAAAAAAAUAUUGAUAUAUUUAAUUUUGAGCUAAGUUCUGAUGAAAUUGAUGUACUAAAUGCACUUGACCGAGGAAAUAAUGGAAGAAUAUUUAAUUUUCUAUUUUUUAAAGGAGUUGAACAUCAUCCAUUGUAUCCAUUUAAAAAUCAAAUUUUAUAAAUUAUUGUAAAAAAAAAAUUGGCCAUUUGGCAAAAGACAAAAAAUGAUUAAAAAUAAAAUAAUUGAGUAUUGAUAUG